AUGCACAGCACGAUUUUACUACUUGGCGUGGCAUCUUCUAAUUACAGUUUCUUACGUUGUGACAGGUACAAAAAGCAUGGAGGCGGAAUACUUCUCCUUAUACGCAAUAUAUUUAGUUACAUUGAGAUUCUCUCCGAUGCCGUUCUAGAUGGAUCCCCUUCUUGUUCUGUAGAACAUAAUGCUCAACUUCUCAACAUAAUUAGUGAUUUAUCUACAUGUGAGUACUCAACAGUGAUUCUUGGUGAUUUUAAUUACCCUGAGAUUGACUGGGUGAACUACACGGUGGCUCUAAAACGAACAUGUAGUUCUCGUCCGUUCCUUCCUCGCUAUCUGGAAAAUAUGGACAACCAUCGUAUUUGUUUAUUCUAUGUAGCUUUAAAUUCCCAACGUGAAGAGGACUGGCAGAAAUUUCAAGAUUUCUCUCAGAAAUUUGAUCGUCGCUCAAAAAAUAUAACAGAAAUUGAAGUAUUUUCUGAGAGAGACUAUCACUUCCCAAAUUUUUCUCCCGAAAUCACAAAUCCAAUGACUGAUUUCCCCUGGUUUGAUAGUAUUUCAGUCUUUGAUCUCUUGAGGAAGUUACCUUGCUCUCAGUCGGUUACUCCCCAUUUCAUCCCUUCCAUACCGACAGCAUGUAUAUUUGACCAACCAUUUUGUUUUUCGGAGGUGCCGCUAAGAUGGAAACAUUCUUUCAUCACUUUUCUACUUAAAAAGAACGCUCUCACUGUCUGUUGA